UCAACGAUUUUGAAUUUUUACAAAAUUUGAUAAAAAAAAUGUGGUUUAAAAUGUUUGUUACUCAUGGCUUACAAGUACGUAUAGUGGACAUUUUGACCAAAGGCGCCACGCUGUUAGAUAACAAUUGUAGGACAGAAAAAAAAUUGCAAAAUUAUAUUUAAUUUUACUCUUUAUUUCAAUAAGAAGUACGUCACAAUAUAGAGGUGUCCCUUUCUACCUUAAUUUGUUGAUUAUGAUCAAGCAACAUACAUUUUUUGUCAUAAAAAGUAAAGGAUUAAUCACACAAGCACACAUUGCUAGCUAUUGAGAUAAUGAUUUAUUCAAAGGAUAAAUACAGAUUUGAAAUUGUACAUUUUAAGGUGGAAUGGGACGCUUCCAUGUUGUGACGUAUUGUUUAUCGAAAUAAACAAUAAAACCAAGUGUUAUUUAUAUAUUAAGUAGUUUCUUUCCCAAAAUUGUCACCUAUACUCUGUCCCAAAGUAUCCUAGAUUCACAUUUUGCUUAAUUACUCUAUAUUUAUAAACACCUUAGGGUUCAAACGAUGUUCAUUCAAAAGUUUGAAAAAUUUCCAAGAUUUCCCAUUUGAAACGUCGCCGUUAGCUUAUCGGGAUUCAAUACACGGCUAAAAAUUGUGAUGUCUAAGGGAAUUUUGUAUUGUAGCGGGUGGUAACGUUGAAAAUUGCACGAGGUAUUCCGAGUGACUUCCGAAUGGAGAAAAGAUGCAAACAUUUUUUCGUUCCUAGGAAUUUUUUCGAGUGUAAAAUGAUAACGAGUCAAUGAAGAUAUCUUGGAAAUUUUCCCUUUCAUCGAUUUAUAGAUUUAUUGUUUAUUGUCAUAUAUUAAACAUGCAAAUAUCACAAAACUCAAAAUAAACGAAGUUUCGUAUUAAUCUAAUUUCCUUAUGAGAUCAAAAUAAUUGGGUACUAUGAUUACCGUCAGAUAACUAUGUAUUAACAUCCAGUGACUGCGUGCUUUUACCCUAAUUCUUUGAAAAAACAUCCACAAUUCGGUUUAUUGUUAUACUCGUUCUACAUUUUGAUUGGUCAAUUCCCCAUUAUACCGGGUAGCGGGGUUACCUGUAGAAAUUUUGUCUGUCACGGUCAUUUCACGCAUGUCCAUCUGGAUAAACAACUUUCUCGAUUUUCUUUUACCUGCAGGUCAUCUUUCCAAGUCAAGGUUUCAUAAUCAGCUCAUCUAGACACACGGAGAGUGAUGGAUCAGAAACAUUUGAACAUGUGAAGAUGGUGACUGGAUUUUCAACUUCAUCAAGACCCUACCACCUAUGAUGAAAUAGCUUAUAUAAAAAAACAACAGAAACCUCUAUAAGAUAUUGAGGAAACGACGAGAGAAAAAUGGUAUUGAUCAUAACGCCGCUAGUUUUACUUGUAGUGUCAUUAGAUUAUCUGGGAGUAGCGAGUUAUAACGUCACUCAUCAAACUCAGCUGCACACUGACGUGUUAACCGGAUAUGACAGAAGGGUUAGACCAAGCGACGGAGGCACGCCCACACUUAUUGGGAUUACUUUCAAUGCAGUUUCUCUUAAGGAAUUUUCUGAAAGCGGAGGCAAAAUCGCGUUGGUGGGGGCCUUUAGAUUCGUUUGGAGGGAUACAAGGUUGGCGUGGAAUCCGGCAUCUUAUGGCGGUGACCUUGAACGAACUGUCUUGUAUGUCAAGGACAUAUGGGUUCCAAAGUUGGUGAAUAUGAAUCCUUAUGGGUCCGUUAAGAUGCUAGGUGUGAGCGAAAUGUUGUGCGAGAUUUCCUACGAUGGUUAUGUAUCAUUCGUCUUGCCAGACAUGUUCGAAUCCACUUGUGACGCGGAUGUGACGAAUUAUCCAUUUGAUUCCCAAACUUGCUCCCUAAUAUACUAUAUUCCUGGGUAUUACACGGACGACAUAAACUUAGACGCAUCUGAUCCAACCAUUGACAUGGUACUUUAUGAAGAAAACGGACUUUGGAAAAUCACAAACACAUCAGUUACAGUCGCUACACAAGUAACAGAUUUCCAGAUUCUGAAACUUACAGUAAGCAUGGAGAGACGGACGACUUACUACAUAGCCGGCCUUCUUCUUCCGAUUCUAUUAAUGAAUAGCAUACAACUGCUAGUGUUUAUAAUUCCGGUCGAAUCCGGGGAACGCAUAGGCUACUCUAUUACCGUGUUAUUGGCGAUUGCGGUUUUUCUUACUAUUAUACAAGACAAACUUCCGGAAUCGUCUGAGCCGAACGUAUCCCUUCUUACUUACAAACUCUUGGUAGACAUGAUCAUCGGUUGUGGCAUGAUCUUUGCUGUCGUUAUUGGCUUAAGAUUCUACUUCCGGACCGAGGUCACACCGGUACCCGGAUGUCUGCGUGGCUUUGCUCGGUGCUUCUAUCUAAGUUGUUCACGGAAACACCAGAAGCAGACGAUCGUUCCCGCGAAGAAAGAACCCGUCACUUCAUCUUACAGAGUAACUUGGCAGGAUGUUGGGGAGGCAUUUGACCGCAUGUGUUUACUAUUGUUUAUUUUGUCACUUAUAUUGAAUAAUGCUAUAUACUUUGCAGCUAUAUCGUUAAAAUAAAACUAUACAUCGGUAUAUGCCCUGUUACAUGCAUUUCAAACGACUCAAACAAACGCGCAUUAACUCAUUUUCAUCUAAUUCAUUAUCCAUGUUCUAGACCUGAGAUAUACAUGUGUAUUGUCAUUCUUUUGAGGCUCUUAGCUCGGUAUGUUGACACAGCUUAACCCUGUUGAUACAGCUUAACUUGUGACCGAGUUUUAACAAUGCCGAUCUGUACCUAUUUUAAGACGGGUAAAAUGGCAAACGAACUUGGAUCACGUACAUCUGAAUAUAGAUUACAGAAGUCAAUGAUAUCAGAAUCUUUAAACAUAUUAAACAGGUGAAUGCCAUUGUUAACGUUA